UUAUUCCAUGCCAACUAUUAUUUGUCCCAACUGCGGGUAAAGCGGACUUUCAAAGAUGGCUUCCACAGCCUCACAGCAACGCUCGGCCGUUACGUCAAUAGAACAGACCGACCAAUCAGAGGAUUCUAUUGGACGCGCCGAACAGCCAAUCAGCGGUGUCUGUCCUUCGCGCAGCGUCGCCUGUAGGUGUAAGCAAUCGACAGCCGAUCCGCUCGAUGUGCAGGCUAGCAGGAUCCCAGAGCGCAGGAUGAAAGUGAAGCAGUUUCUGGCAUGGAACAAGCGGCUGGCCGCGGUGUAUGCGGUCGGUGUGUGGACCAUGGUUGGCGGCUACGCUUUAUAUUACUAUACUACAGGGCGAUACAUGGUGCCAGUCAGCCCCCCGCCAGGUGAACAGCUCUCACUCAUAGCGCACUGUCACCAAGGUCACCUCAUUCAUGUUAUCAAUAAAGUGUGUAGAAUGGGUCUACCAGGGAAAUUAAUAGACUGCUGCAGUGCCAAACAAUUCAUUAUAUUCUGCAGCGCCCCCAGGUGGCCGGAGGACCUCCCAUGCAGUGUCAUAAACCCUUACAAGGUUAUUCACUAAAUUAAACAUUUUAGCAAAUUUUAAGUCCAAAUAGAAAAAAAUGUGGCUAAAAUAUGAUUGAUAAUGCUCUAUCUCACAUAUGUCAUAUUGUCACAGCUUGAAUAUUUUAGCCUCAGCAUUGCAUUUUAGAUUUAAAAGAAACCUGUAUUCCUAACGCUAUAGAUUUUACCUAACUAUUUCAGUGUGCGCGUCCCCCCUUCUGCUGUGUGAGGGGGACACAUGACGGAUAUACUCCGUCAUGAUUCCUUUUUAUUCCAGAAGUUGUGUCCCUAAGGGGUUAAAAGGUGUGAGACCCAGAGGUGGCCAUUUCUUUAACUAAAGUGAUAUCGGUUCCGGACUGCCAAAUGUCAGUUCUGUACAUAUUUUACGUCUGUCAGCGCACAUGCUUUCUCUACCCUCUCUUUAUUGCCAUUUAAUGAUUUUCUUUUUUUUAAAUGUAUUAAUACUUAAAAAUUCCCCUCACUCCUCCCCUCGCUGGCUCAUAGUGCAUGUGUGCUUUGAAUCAGCAAAUGGUCCGAUCAAAUGCUUUUCUAUGAGAAGCAUCUGAUUGGCGUGCGCAAAGCCCUUGGUGGAGAUGUGGAAAUUGGUGUUGGGAGCUUAGCCUUGCGCUAGAUUGCAGGUGAGUAUAUUAUUUUGAGGUGUUUUUUCUUUGGCUCCCAUGUUGCGUAGAAACUUUAUGAUGUGUUAUGUAUGCAUAUAGGGACUCAGAAGAUAGCCCUACUUGUCAUUUAAAUAAUGAUAUAGAACACGGGUAGGCAACCAUUUAGUAGUACUGUGCUAAAACAAGAUCUUGGCGUGCCGGUUCUAUUUUUUUUUAGGUGUAUGUUGCUGCAUUGUGCUUGUGAUAUUUAUGGGUUCUGCAGUUGCUUUGUAACAUUGUAUACAUGGGCUGUGAUAUUGUGUUUAAUACCUAUGAAUAUAGGCUGUGUAUGGGGGCUGCUUGUGGAAUGUGUUUCUGGAUGAUAUGUCACAUUGUGUGUUUGAUGGUGUGUAAAUAUGUGGGGCUGUCUGUGGUAUAGGAUGUGAGAGUCUGCUUAUGGGGUUGUGUGCAUGUAUGGGUAUUUUUAGUGGCCGUGUGUUUAUGGGGACUGUGUUGGCUGUUUCUAUAAUUGCAUGAGGCUUUUUCUACAGCUCUAUGUAUAUCUAGCAGUGUAAGUGGCUUUCCUGGGAUCCAGUGCGGAACAGAAAGGCUAGGUACAAGUCAAGGGCAGGAGCUGCGAUAGCUGCUGCGGGCUGCUCUACUCCCGAGUAGAUUCCCAUUCAUAAGUGCUGGGAGAAAGUGAUUUGAGAAUAUGUCCUCUAAGUACUGCAAUGUGUAAAUUGAGGAUUGUCCCUCAUCACCUGCAAUCACUGCUCAAAUUGCACCAGCAGAUAUCUGAAGUCCCACUGUGAAUCCUAAUAGGCCAGAGCCUGUUUGACUCUGGCAGCCUUGAGUGCCGUGCAUGGCACAUGUACCAUAUGUUACUGACCCCUUAUAUAGAAUAUGUAUGCUCUGUGAGGAACAUUGGAUUGGCCUGUCAUCCUGGAGGCAUGCCUCCUAGAUGAUGUAACUUGAGGAGGAGGUCUCAAGUCGCAGAGGCAGACUCCGCACUGGAGAAAGGUGAAUUUCUCAGGUUUUAUUUAUACGUGGGGGGGGCUAAAUGAUAAGGGGCAACAGGACUGUAGUAUUAGGAAAACAAAUAUGUAUUCCUAACGCUACUGUGUUCCUUUACGCAAUUAGGUUUAGAGUUGACAAUUUAUUUUGCUUUGCCUCUGUAGGACUUAAUGUUAGUUUUCAUUUAUUUUUUUCUUUCAGCUUUGGAACCAGAAUUUAUAGAAGAUACAUCAUUGGAGGAUCAGCCGAAAAAGAAACGUAUAAAACACACUAUUGUGUAUAAAGAAAACUUUGUCCCAUAUUCAACAAGGGUUCACAAUUUAUGGAACUCCGUUUUUGGCACAACCUCUGAGACAACAAGAAAUAUGGAUAAAGUGGAAAAGUAAUACACUGGACACUGGAAAUCUAUGGAUUUUUGCAAAACAUCCUUUCUGCUCAUCUGACUGUGUCCCUAAGGCUUAUAAUGAGUGCAGAAUAAUUUUUGGGGUUCUUUUGGACAGAAUAGUUUUAUUACUUAAAAUAAAUCUAUUGCCAAAAUUGUAUAUAGCAGUUCAAAUAUAAACACAGCCUUAUGUUGUACUCCUUCAUGUCAAUGCCACUUUACAUAAAACAUUUAAUACUUAGGUAAGGUUACAAACUAAAUCAUUGAUUUACAUUUCUGUAAACUGGUUGGAAGCUACAGAAGACUAAAUACUCAUUUGCAAAUAUUUCAUAUUUUUAUUUGUCAUUUUUAUAGAUGGUAUAAAAUGGUCUGUAAACAAUAGAUUACUGUGGAAAGCAAGCUACAAACAAAUGACUUUUUCUCAUAUUCAGCUUUGUCACCAUACCAUGUGCGUACAAGGUCAAUGAAAUACAAUUCAAAAAUGCACUUCCAGUGUACACUUUCCAGUUUAUACUUAAUACCACAAUUCCCUAAUACUUAAGAAUACAAUCCUUCUAUAUUACGACCAAUAUCCAGCUUAAAAAUACGUCGACAUAUUAAAAUUCAACAUGCAACCCAUACCCCAAAUCUAAAUAAAAAUUUAUAUUUCAUAAAACCACUAUACCUGUGCAAUAAGUGUUCCAACUACCAUACAGUUAAUGACUGGGUAUUUAUUUGCACUAGUGUAUUAACAGGUUUUGAGGUAUCUAUGACUGUAAACUUUCUAACUAUUUCUAACUAUGUAAUAAUGACAUAUCAAUUUUUUUUUUUUUUGUCAAAUUAUUUUUUUAUUAGCUCCAAAACAAUUUCGAAUUUGUAAAAAAUAUUUGCAUAUCAUUUAUUUGAAAUAUAGAGGAUGCAUAGCUAGCACACACAUAUGAUUUGAAAAAAGCCACCAUUUUCUGUAUAGACUGCUGUUUUGAGCCCUCUCUCCUUCCUUAAAGGGACACUGUAGGCACCCAGACCAUGUCAGCUUAUUGAAGUGGUCUGGGUGCAAUGUCCCUUAACCCUACAGAGGAGCGUAAGUGGAGCCUGAUCCAGUGUCGAGGGAUAUCGGUGCUGGAUUCAGGUAAGGGACUGCAGGGUUUAUUUAUGGGGUGCAGGGGAAGGCUUUGUUUUUCUGGCACUAUAGAAUACGUUUAAUUAAUAGAAUGCAUUAAAAGGACUCUAUAGGCAUCUUAUGAAGUAUUCUGGGUGUGAUGUAUUCUUUGUUUUUAACCCUGCAGCUGAAAACAAAGUUUUCAUUGCAGGAUUAACGUGGCUCUAAUGGCUGUCGGUGGAGGCGCUUAUGCAAAAUUGUGGAGUAAUAGUAAAUUGAGAAGCAUUGGGAAGCAUCACGGUUGUGCUCAUAUCUCCGGGGGUUGGAGUAUUCCCCAGCACAUACUAAAAUUCUGCACUGGGUAAAAGAGAGAGUUUGCAAAGGCUGCAGGCAAGAGUUUUGCAGCUUUUUACAACCGCUUUUAUAUAUACCCCUAAAGAAAAAAAUAGAAAUAAUGCAUGCAUACUUUCAUUGGGGGUAUAUCUCCUAAUAUGCUUUUCUAGUGUGCAAUGGAGAAAUUCUUUUAAAGCAGUGCUUUAAGUGUUAAUUGCCGGUGCCUGCAGACUUAUUUUAUGAUUUCAAGAGAAAUCUUCAUUGGUACAAGUCAACUUAGGAACACUUUCCUACUGUUAGACAGCUGGGAGGGUUUCCUGCCUCACUUGUUUUGCACUGGGCCAAAAAGAUAGCAAAGCAAAGUAAAAACAUGUACAUGCAAUUUUGGUAGUGAAGGGGUUAAAGUGUUACUUCAAGCACCAUGAUCACUUCAGAUUUGUGAGAAAUUAAAGUAUAAAGCGCUGUGGGAUAUGUUGGCGCUAUAUAAAUGCUCAUAAUGAUAAUAGAAUUCAUUUCAAAUUUGAGGUCAGAGUAGCCAAACUAAAUGCUGCUUAUAAUAAUACCAGAGGUGUACAACCACAUUAGCUAUCCUGGACAGAACAAGCAUUUCGGGCUGGCUAAUGUUAAUUCUGUGCUUAUUGCUAUGCACAGGCGCUCAUUCAUUUGCUGACACUGUCAGCUGAUCACUCUCUGUCAAUGAAUAAGUGGCAGUAAUCCUGCCUGUGGCAGAGAUCCAGCGUGGAUCAUGGUAAGAGGGCAUAGCACUGCAAAAUGUUUUGCCCCAUUACCGUGGGACAGUGCCAACAUACUCCUACAGCAGGCUGUAGUGGAUUAUCAUGGUUGGAGCAACCCUUUAAAAUUUUGUUUUCUUAGGUUGGAAGAUGACGAAUGCUAGGUUGCAGUGUGCUGGGAUUUUUUAUUUUUUAUCCUUUUGAAAUCAUGGGGUCUUGCUGUGUGGGCACUUAAUUAGUGUUAAACCAACAUCUUUGCUGGCCAUAUUUAGUAAGCAUUCAUUGGCAGGACAUAUCAACUGACACUCGGUAAAUGAAUUCAGUCAAAAUUUGGCCAAGAUCGAUAUAUCUUAGGGAACUUAUAUCACUAUCUGAAGAGGGACUGAACUGUGGGCACCCAUGUGUAUCAGACCCUUAGAGAACUGCAUGACUCAACAACUGGACAGCACCAGGGGACUCCUAGCAGAAUAAUGUAUACAGUAUAUUAAAAAUGAAUAUUAUAUUUGCUCUUUAAAG